AUGGACCACCGUUCCCGGAGCUGCUCGUGUGACGCGUGCAUAGCCCUGGGACGCGUGGCUUCAUUGGUGGUCGACGAGGAGACGUCCGACGAGCUGCGCGUGUACAUCGCGAAGGCGUUGGACAAGGUCUACACGAAGAUCUUGGAAAAAGGCCUUGAGCUUCUCCGAAAGGCUGCCAGGGGAGAAGCAGAGGCCGCGGGAGUAGGAAGCCACCCUACUCCUGGUACAGGGUCAGCUGAGCCACCAGCUGAGCAAGAGGUCAAGGCAGAGGAGGAGAACCCCGAGAACGAGGAGGAGGCCCCGAAGAAGAGGAAGCGUCGAAAGAGGAGAGCAAAGGAAGAGGAAGAGAGCGCCCCUGAAGAGAAGAAAGAGUCAGCUGCUGAGGAAAAGGAAAGAAAAGGUCAGACAGAAGAGACAAAAACGUCACCAGCCCAAUCAGAGACUCCUGGAACUUCUGCAGCGGGAGUCGAGCCAGCUAGAGAGACAGACCCCCGCGUCCCGCUGCCCCGCAAGGUCGUCAAGCCCAGUUCAAACCCUGCUAUUAGCCUGAAAGAGAAGAAGGCAAACGAAGAAGGUGAGGAGAGCAGGGCUGAGAGACCCAAGUUGGCCUUGAGACCAAAGUCCCGCAGCCGCUCCAGGGACAAGGGUGGAAAGGACAAGAAGAGGAGGAGGAGCCCGAGCCCAGCCAGCAUCCCAGCUGCAGCCGUUGAGGAGGAGGUCGAGGAGGAAGGCCCUCCUGGUGAUUGGGAGGAGCGUCCGGAGAUUCCGCGAAGGCCAAGGUCACCUGACCAUCCACCUCCCAUUCGCCGCCGGCCGACGCGGGGACAGCUGUGGCUGGGACCUAUUCGGGCUCACAAAAAUCGGCCCCCGCCAAAGAAGAACAAGGGCAUCAAGAAGGAGAUCAAGAACCAGAGGUAUUGGGAGCGGAGAAGACAACAAGCCUGGCUAGAGAGGAGGAGAGGUAUCUUGAGGAGACCUGCGGGAGCCCCAGCUCCUGGGAGAGAGGAAUGGAUAGCAGCGGGAGAGGUCAGCAGCGAUACCCUCCUGGGCUGGAAUUGGAUGCACAUCAAAGGGCGAUAUUGGGAAGAGGAGGUCGAGUUGAUCGGCAAGGCCAUGGACGUCAAGCUGAAAGACACAGGUCGAGAGGUCAUGGUCAAGGCCUCGGGGACCCCUUCAGAGAGCCUCCUACGAGUGUUGACGGGCAUCCCAAGUCGACAAGUUCGUCUACACCUAUGCUCCGAUCCGUGUGCAGCCUUGGUGUGGGACGAGGCCUACAUACACUGCAGCCUGUUGAAGGAGGCAGACAGAGGGUCCAUGGGCUGGAGCCAGAACUUGGAGGCAGCCGUCGAGAAGGACGAGGGCGACGAGUUGAAGAUCCUGAGAGAGGGUGCAGAGGAGUUGAGACGCCGUGGAAAAGGAGUCGGAGGAGCACCCGAGGAGAAGAAGAAGAGGAAGAAGUCUCCUGGCUCAUCGGGAGACGAAGAAAAGAAAAAGAAGAAAAAGAAAGAGGCAGGGAGGAUCCAAGGAAAGAAAAGCCUGGAGAGUCUUUUCUCCAGCACGGGCUUGGAUCCCAAAGCGGAGGUUCGUCGAAAGGUGAAGAGACGUGCGAGGAAAGUGGCGCGACGCAGCAGAAACAAGAAGAGGGGCAGCACCAGCUCAGGGAGCGGGACUUCAUCAAGCUCCAGUCAGGAGAGCUGCGAAAUGGACGACAAGGACUUGUUCGAACCGGCUACCCCGACUCAGCGCGUGUGGAAACAAUGCCCUGGAGCUCUCACCAUGUCCAUGAUUGCAGAAGCGAAGGAGGCAUUGCUUACACAAAUGGGUACAGUGGGCGAGCCACUGGAAGGAGCAGUUCCGGCGAUCGCGAACCAGUGCGUUCGACAAGUCCUCAUGCCUACGAUGAGCGGCCCGGUGGCCAGGGAGUCCCAUCAUUGGGGACUCCUGUUGGACCUGCUGUUGACUGGACAGGUUGCGGCGGCUGCAGACUUGGGCGCUCAGCGGCUCAAGGCAUUGGAGGGCCAUUCAAAGGGAAUGAAACCCGAGCUCCUCCGUCAGCUGGAGCUGGUGGCCCAAGAACGACCUUCCCUCAGCAGCACUACGGAGAUCAUGAAGGCAGGCCGGCAGGCAAACGAGGAGCAGAAGGUGCUGCAGAAGGCGAGCUUCCGAGAAAGCCAGGAGAAAGGAAAAG